AUGAAAUCGACGUUGAUCGCCGCUCUCACGGCGCUGGCCGCCCAGCAGGUUGCCGGCCACGCCACCUUCCAGCAGCUCUGGGUGAACGGUGUGGAUAAGAUAUCCAGCAAGUGCAGCGUUGCUGCCGGAGAGACGGUUACCGUAGAGAUGCACCAGCAACCCGGCGACCGAAGCUGCAGCAACGAGGCCAUUGGCGGAAACCACUACGGCCCCGUCAUGGUAUAUAUGUCCAAGGUCGAUGACGCCUCUACGGCCGACGGCUCAGCCGGCUGGUUCAAGGUGUUCCAGGACGGAUGGAAGAAGGCGUCGACGAGCUCUCAGGGCGGUGACGACUACUGGGGCGUCAAGGACCUCAACACGUGCUGCGGCAAGAUGGACGUUAAGAUCCCAGCUGAUAUCCCCGCCGGCGACUAUCUCCUCCGUGCCGAAGUCAUCGCCCUGCACAGCGCUUCCGGCCAGAACGGCGCCCAGCCUUACGUUACCUGCUACCAGCUGACGGUUACUGGCGGAGGCAGCGCAUCGCCCGCGACUGUCAACUUCCCAGGUGCUUACUCCGCCUCUGACCCCGGUAUUCUGGUCAACAUCUGGACUCAGUUGAGCGACUAUGUUGUGCCUGGCCCUGAGGUCUACUCUGGCGGCAGCACCAAGGAAGCCGGCUCGGCGUGCACUGGAUGCGAGGAUACUUGCGCUGUGGCUUCCAAGAAGCGUUUCAUCCAAUGGUAG